AUGCCACCGUGCAAGUUGCACCACAUGAAGGUAAGAAUAUUUAUUAACCAGCCGCCUGUUGCUAAUUAAGUUCAUAUACAGUAUUGUUUAUUGAGUUUUGCUGAAUUAUCCCCACUCCUAAGAACAUUUGAAAAUUUGCACUAUUUGCCAAGUGAACGUAUCAGUUAAGCCAGAUUUGGCGAAAAAAUACAUAGUAAACGCGACGCAGAUUUUUCCCUCUAUGAUAAGUUUCCGUCGAUUGCCAAAGUCUGAAAUCGAAAUUAUCCACCCUCGAAAAAUCGAAAUAACCACACAAAUGACGCUUUGUUACAGUCAUAAUUUUUUCUUUAAAAGAGAGGCCUAUAAGGGCAACUGAAAGUAGAGAGCACCCUUUUUCCAUCUCUAAAAAGAACCCAUUUUAUUCCCCUGGGCGCCUCCCGUUAGCAUGUGGAAAGGGUUGCUUAUGCAUAGCCACCUCUCCCUCCAAUCAGUAGGGACCUUAAGCGGUCAGGACGGCAACGCCAAGGAAGACUUCUAUUAAAAAAUGAAAUUUCUGCCUAUAAUUAGAAUUUCAAAAGUGGCUGCAUGUGAUUACCGUCUCAUACAGCGCCACACCUCAACUUCAGCAUAACGUAUCAAAAAAGCGUUGAGUUCCAAAUAGAAAUUAAAAUAAUUUGCCGUCGCGGUUUCGGUUCGUAGACGACGCAAAUUGUGGUGAUUUCACGUUGUUGUUUUGCAUAGGACGGCUCAGAAAUGUACAAACGCACGUGCUGAGCUAUUGUUCUACCCAUCAUAUCUUUUGUUUUUCCAUGUCCUCGUUGCCAUCGCCGUCGUGGUUUGCUUAAGGUCUCUAGUAAUUAAAUAGAACAGGGGUCGAUCCCUCCUAAAUGCUAAAUUUUAGCGUGAAGACUUCGAAUGAAUAACUCUUACUUGGUGUUUUCCGCUGACCACUCACAAUCCCAUCCUUUCGUUUACUUCCGCUUCGCUCCGUCGUUUAUCGUGAGAGUCGUUACUUUGGUCUUUACGCACCGUUUUUGACUGGAAAACCUUCUAGCAUGGCCAAAUUCAAUGUAAAUGUAGAACAGUGUAAAGGAGCUGUCGUGGUUGGUGAUCAUGCGAAACUGACUAUUGGGCCGACUGGUAAGAUAUCAGAAGGUACGCAACUUUCUCUGUUUGUGAGGGAAGUUUUCGAUCGGUGCUUCGACACAUGAAUCAGAAUAAUUCAUAACUUGUGGCUUGUUCGAAACAUGAUAAUAAUCUUUCAUUUAAAUACGUUAUAGUGGGAACAAUAUCAAACCUGAUUUGAUGUAGUUUAAAAUCAAAGAAAAUCGAUUGAGUAUCAAUUGUUAGCCAAGUCAGCCAUGUUACCGGCCCACAUCACGGCAAAUUGCCUCUUUCUCCACUUAAUUUUUCCGCCUACGUUAUUUUUCAAACAUUACUUCAUUUCCUGUUCUCCCGCUCGAACUACAUCAUCUAAACUAAAACCUCGACGAUGCAGUACACAGUUUUAAUUCGUUCACUCAACUCGAAAAAAUCGGAAGGAGCUUGAAGAGUUAUACUCCAGGAAUUAAUUAAUACGGUGUCAUUUAUGAUAACCUCAUUUUAUUCUGCAUUUUGGCUCUUCUUUUCAUAUGGGUUUCUGUUAUACCGGUCAAAGAUUUACUUACAUCCUUGAUUACUGAGAGAAACCUCCUAAGUGAAAAUGAAAUGAGAAAACCCCUUUCCAACUCCUAAAAUAGCAACAACUUUGUAAAAGAGUAAUCAUGACGGUUGCAUUUGCAUUUAUUUGCUUCACGAAUCGCCUUCUUUUGAGAUCUCAGGCUUAGGUAAACCGACUUUGCACAAAUUGACCACAAUUUUCCAUUGUCUAGUUAGCCCUUUACACCCUCAUAUCAGUAUAGCUAUUCUCCAUACUUAAAUCUUUGUACAAUUAUUUUAAGGUUUUGGAAAAGAGAAUUUGUUUAACAUUCAAGAGCUUCUUUAGUUGGUGAUCAUUUCCCUUAUUCUCAUGACCUUAAUGUUUUAUUCAGGGUGAUCCUGUAAGAAGAAAUUAGAUGCUAGUCACUCUUGAUAUUGUAUUGAUAUUAUAGGGAGAGAUUCUGUCUUGGUCUUAAAACCUUAUUGAUCAGAGAAGUGGCAUGGAAAACCACAAGGCCUAGUCUGAGGUUUCACCUCAAAGUUUUAAAUGAUGUUGAUGUCAUUUUUAUGAUCAAUAAGGUGAAAUACAUCAGAAAAUUGUGUUUUGUGUUUUUUUUCAACAUAGUAGGGAUUAUGAAGCAUUGCCUUACAUGUUGCGUGAUUUCUGUUAUCUACAACCUAGCUUAUUGAAAAUCUAGAAAGUUAUUGUUGGAAGCCUACCUGAUAGUAACCACAGAUUAUUACAAAGAUAAUUGACUGACUUUGUAACUUUGUUAGGAGUACUAAACCAAGAGCACACCCCAGAGCAAGCAGCAAGAACUAAAACUAGUGGUAAGUAGAGUUUAUUUAUCGAGUUUACAUUUUCCAAUGUCUGUUUUCUGGGUGGUCUGCCAUUCAUUUCUAAAUAUUUCAGCUCCAAUAAUGUAAAUUAAGGUGAAAUUUAACACUAUUCUCCAAAUUAAAAUCUGGGUUAAAUUUUUCAGACUUCUCAUCUUUCUUUUGCUUAAAAUUGUGUUGAGACUGUAAGGAGAAUUUCCUUUAUGGUCAUGGUUGGUAGCAACAAGAUUAAAGGAGCUACUCCAUAGUUUUACUGUCUUAACCCUUUAACUCCCGAGAUCUGAUUGUUAAUUCUCCCAUUUAGCUGCCACACAUCUCCUUGUAAAUUAGUUACAAGAAUUUGGUAUUUGAUUAAGUAACCAUUUUUACCUGAUAAGUUUGUGUCUUCUCAUAACCUGUUUGUUGGAAUAUGUAUGGAUGUUAUAAGAGAAGAUACAUGUUAAUCACUUCUGGGAGUUGAAGAGUUAAAAAAGUAAGAUCAGAUCUUUUAAUUGUCUCAUAUGUUUCCUCUCUGUGCUUAGUCCUUCAAUCCAAACGGAAACUUAGUCAUUUGAAUUCACUUAUUCAUUUCACUUAUUUUUUUUCUAGCUCAUGCACCUUUUCAAGAGUCUGGGGAUGAUAUUGAUUUAAAAGUAAAGUCUGGUUAUGUGUUAGUAAUUCAUAACUACAGCUUCCCUAAGAGGGAGGAGGCUGUACGCCAUGGGUCAGAGGAAGAUGUGAAAAAUCUUUGUAGCCUCUUUGAUGAUUUCAACUUCAAAACCCGAAUUGCAAAUAACUUGACUCAAAGUCAGAUGGUGGAAAUACUCAGUGAAACUGCAGAGAAAGACUUCAGCAGAUAUGAUUGUUUCUUGUGUGUAAUCCUCAGCCAUGGUCUCCAAGAUGGGAUUCUUGGAAUUGAUGAUGAGAAGAUUAAAAUUGAAGCAAUCACUUCCAAUUUUCGCCGAGAUGCAUGUCCUUCUCUUGAGGGGAAACCAAAAAUAUUUCUGAUCCAAGCUUGCCGUGGCAAUAGACAGGAUAGGGUACCUAUUGAGAGCGACAGUGAGCCUGUUCCAUGUGCAAGCUCAUCUCUUCCAGCUGAUGCUGAUUUUCUGAUCUGUUUUGCCUCUGCCCCUGGUCACCAAAGCUACAGGCAGCCAGAGCUUGGUUCUUGGUUCAUUUCAACAGUUGUGGCAAUUUUUAAAGAGUAUGCAGAAAGGGAGCAUCUUAUGGAUAUGAUGCUGAGAGUCAACAAUCAUGUUGCAAAUUAUUUCAGCAAAACAGGCCUCAAGCAAAUACCCUGCCAAGUCUGCAUGCUGAGAAGGAAAGUGUAUUUUAGUCCAAAAUAUAAUUAACCCAUCAUGAAAUGCUCAUGACAAAUUCUGUCUUUGUCGUGUAUAUGAAUGUUUACUUAAUAUGUUUGUGUAAUGAGAAAAUUGUAGAUGAAACAUUGCCAGUGUACCUGUCCACUGGAGCUCAGAAGCGUGGUUACAUGAACUUUGUUAAAUUCUCCCACAGACCACAUCAGUAACACUGUAUAUUAUGCUACAGUGUAAUAUAUACAGUCCAAAAUUUUCAAUCCUUGCUGUAUGGAUGAAGUCUUUGAAAAAAGCAAUGCUGAUGCAGGAGUUUUAGUCUUAUUGUAACAAUAGUGGGUACACAAAGAUAAAAAUGCUGUUCACUAAGUCAUAGAGAAAAUUGUAGGUGCUGUUCAAAGAUAGUUGUAAAGCAGUGUCUGAUUCAGGAUUUCCACUCCUCAAGAAGAAAUCAAUCAACAGUCAACCCAGAUUCACUCCUUUGAACUAAGCUAUGAGUUAGCUUUGGUAAGAUAAGUUAUAUUGAUAUAUGGUAAGGUAGUCCUGGACUGGGUUGUUCAAAACACGAGUAAAGUGUUGGUGUAAAUUUUAAAUUUGGUUUUAUAGCACUGCAAAAGAAUUUUUUGUUUGGAUUUUUCCCCAUCAUUUUUUUGUCAUAAUGAGAUAAAACCCAAUAAAAGCCUAAAUCUUAUAUGCGCUCUUCUACACAAGAAAUUGAAACCAAUGUUUACUUUUAAUCCUAGAUUAACAUUUACCCCCUUUUAAAUAACCCAGCCCUGAGGUAAAUCUGAGGGUUCCAAUUGGUUCUUUCAUGGUCCAGAUUUUGCCACACAGACUGUCUUAUAUGGUCAUGAGAUGUGUAACUAUUUUUGCAAAUGCUGGUAAUUUAAAAAAAAAAACAAGUUUGAUGCAAGUACCAUAUACACUGUGUUAAGCUACUUGCUAACCCUGCUUGAUCAAGCUGUACUGUAGAAAAAUUAGCCCUCAAUCAUUUUUGUAUGGACCUUGCUGCCCUUUGGCUGUAAUUCCACAAUAUUGGGCCAGUACUGCCCUCACACUUCAUUAAUAAGAAAUUAUAGUUGGGAUCAUCCAAGACUGAUAUCUUAAAAUUUUGGUAAUUCUUCCACAAUUUAUUACCUCAGGUUAUGCACCAGAUAUGGAAUCUGCGUACAGUUUGGAUUUUUUUUUGUGUCAACUGUCUUCUUAGUCUGAUGUUUUUAUCAAUUUGAAGGAAAGUGGUCUGAAGCUAAACUCUAAUUUCACAUGAGUAGUGUCUUCUCCCUUUUCCAGCUGAGUGAAAACUUCAAAAUUAAAUUACAUGGAUAAAUGUUGAUGCAACCUUAUUGCUAUGCAAAUGGUUAUACUGUAUGGUCAUUCAUUAGG